AUGGCAUCCUACACUCACUCAAGCAAGGGAACACCCGGCCAAUCCAAACUCUUCCUCAACCCCGCGGCCCUGAGCCCCGCGGGAGACAGGGCUAACCACACCACGUUCUGGCGAAACCCCAAGGUCGGGAACAUCUACCGUAACACUGAGUACAUCACUGCUCCGAUCACGCAGCCGCUGCUGAAUUAUUGCGGUCUGACAGAGGAUAAGUUUGCUUCGCUCACUGAGCCUAUCGAGGUGCUUGAUAUGUGCUGCGGUGCAGGCGUGGUCUCGGCCUGCAUUCAGGAGAUGCUGAAGUCAACAGGGCAAGGUGGGAAGGGGCUUGUGAGAUUGACUUGCUCUGAUUCUAGUGGUGGUCAGAUUGAACAUGUCAGGGGCCGAGUUGGGAAGGACGGCUGGACGGAUACGACGGUGGUCCAGGCGGAUAUGGCGAGCUUACCAUUUGAGUCGAACAGCUUUGACUUCAUCGUCGUUGGCAUGGCGUUGAUGGUUGUCGCUGAACCCUACGCGGGUCUAGCAGAACUGUACCGCGUCCUCAAGCCAGGCGGCCGUAUCGCGAGUUCGACAUGGGCAACGGAAGGUUGGGUCUACGAUACCCGCGAUGCCGUCGCAAACCUUAGCGUCCCCGGGCAGCAACCGGUGCCAUGGCCGCAGAAGUCAUGCCAUCUGACCGGACUUUGGUCACCUGGCGCAUGGGAUGAUCCCUAUUUCGCGGCUGCCAUGUAUAAUGCUUCGGGACUGACUGAGAUUGACUCGGAAACUCUGGCCAAGCCUAUCACUUUCAGAGAUCCUGAGCAAUUUUGUAUUAUUUUUCAGGCGCUGCUUACGGGUACCGUUGAGAGAUACUGGUCUGAGGAGCAAAAGGAAAAGUUAAGGCACAAGUUGAAGCCUGUCAUUGUUGAGUAUUUGGGGAAAAAGUACGGCGGAGGGCCGUUUGAGAUUGAGAGGUCUAUUGUACUCGUUAGCGGGACGAAGGCAAAAGUGUGA